AUGGAGCUACGACGGCUCCGAGGCCUCUCCCCAGCGACCGCACGACAGCUCUUCACAGCGACCGUGGCUCUGGUGGUCGACUAUGCCUCUAAUGUUUGGAUGCACGCAUUCAAGAAUAAGAACAUCGGACCGAUCAACCGAGUGCAAAGGGUAGGAGCACAAGCAAUUGUGGGGACAUUCCUCACAGUUGCGACCAGCGUAGCGGAGGCCGAGGCCCACAUUGCUACGGCACAACACCGAUUCUGGAGACGAGCCGUGAAGACGUGGGCAGACCUCCACACACUACCAGAAACCAACCCUCUUCGCAGAAACACAGAUCAAAUCCGGAAGUUCAGGAGAUACCACCGCUCGCCACUAUAUCAAGUAGCGGACGCGCUUAAGAAUAUCGACAUGGAAUCACUGGAAACCAUCAACCCGUUUACACUGGCACCAUGGGAAGCACGCAUGCAGAUUGAUGAGCCCAUUACCGAGGGAUCAACUGUACCAGGCGGAUCAAUGCAAAUCGCGGUCAGGAGCUCGGUGCGGAAUGAGCUGGUCGGGUUUGGAGUGGCGGUCGAGAAACAACCAAGGAAGCCAUACACACACACACACACUCACUUCAUUAACGCCCGGCGGCUGAACCGAAAGGGCAACUAUCACUGA